AAAAUGUUAAAAAAAAAUCAAGACGGGAGUCUUUGCCGAAACUUCACGCCGGCACAAACACAAAAACAUCACUCGCUUAUCCUUCACGCCGGCCCAAAGACAAAAACAUCACUCGCUUAUCCUCUCUGGUGUUCGUGCAAAACCCACUGACAGAAGAAUCUCCAUACUCUCCUUUCAAUUCCCGAGAAAGCACCAACCAAUCUCAAUUUUCCCAGAGAAGAAAAUUCUGGGUUCGAGCACAAACAGCUUAGAGAAAAUCCUAAAAAACAGGAGUAGAGGUGGGCUGGGCAGACUGAGUGUUCGAGUCAAGGUUUGUUGACUGAGAUUUGUGCAUAGAGAAAUAGCAUAAACACAACUUAAUGGCUCAAGAUACUGUGUCCAAUAUCGAAUCACCUAGGCGGCGGUCUGGCCUAUUAAGGGAUCAAGUUCAGUUGGUUAAAAGAAAGGACUCUGAUCGGUAUGAGGUUGUUCCGAUCCAAGAUCCUCUUUCAUUUGAGAAGGGUUUCUUCAUAGUAAUCCGUGCAUGCCAGUUGUUGGCUCAAAAGAACGAGGGGAUAAUUUUAGUUGGAGUUGCAGGUCCCUCUGGGGCCGGAAAGACUGUCUUUACGGAGAAGUUGCUCAACUUUAUGCCCAGCAUUGCCGUCAUAACAAUGGACAACUACAAUGAUUCUAGCCGUAUUAUUGAUGGCAACUUUGAUGACCCACGAUUGGCGGAUUAUGACACAAUGCUUGAGAAUAUCCAUGGUUUAAAAGAAGGGAAGCCUGUUCAGGUUCCUAUAUAUGAUUUUAAGUCCAGCUCUCGGAUUGGUUACAGGACAAUGGAAGUCCCUAAUUCCCGCAUUGUGAUUGUUGAAGGCAUAUAUGCUUUGAGUGAAAGAUUACGGCCUUUGCUAGAUCUUCGUGUUUCUGUUACUGGUGGAGUACACUUUGACCUAGUCAAGCGGGUUCUAAGGGACAUUCAACGUGCUGGACAAGAGCCUGAAGAAAUAAUUCAACAAAUCUCUGAAACGGUAUAUCCGAUGUACAAGGCUUUUAUUGAGCCAGAUCUUCAGACUGCUCAUAUAAAAAUCGUCAACAAAUUCAAUCCGUUCAGUGGAUUUCAGAAUCCCACUUAUAUUUUAAAGUCAACGAGGCCUGUGACUGUGGAGCAAAUCAAGGCCGUUCUUUCUGAAGAUUACAAGGAAACCACAGAGGAAACUUAUGAUAUAUACCUUCUUCCACCUGGUGAAGAUCCUGAAGCAUGCCAAUCUUAUCUGAGGAUGAGGAACAGGGAUGGCAAAUACAAUCUUAUGUUUGAGGAAUGGGUUACAGAUAGUCCAUUCAUCAUAUCGCCAAGAAUCACUUUUGAAGUUAGUGUGCGUCUUCUUGGUGGACUGAUGGCUUUAGGGUAUACAAUAGCAACCAUUUUGAAAAGAAGCAGCCAUGUCUUUUCUGAUGACAGAGUAUGUGUGAAAACCGAUUGGUUAGAACAACUUAAUCGGAAGUAUGUUCAGGUGCAAGGAAAAGAUCGUUUGUGUGUGAAAUUUAUUGCAGAGCAGCUCGGCUUAGAUGGAUCUUAUGUUCCUCGCACAUACAUAGAACAAAUUCAACUGGAGAAGCUCAUAAAUGAUGUUAUGGCAUUGCCAGAUGAUCUGAAGACAAAGCUCAGCAUAGAUGAUGAUUUGGCUUCAAGCCCCAAAGAAGCUCUCUCCCGAGCCUCUGCAGAUAGAAGAAUGAAGUAUCUCAACCGUGGUAUUUCACACUCAUAUUCAACACUACGAGAGAAGAAUAUUUCCAAGUUGACGAAGCUUGCUGUUAAUAACAGAAGAUAUGACGGAAGAACCCCAGAUUCACCAGCAUCACUUGCUAACCAGGGAAUCAUUACCCAACUCUCGGAACAAAUUUCUACUCUGAAUGAGAGAAUGGACGAGUUUACAUCACGUGUUGAAGAACUAAAUACAAAGUUCGCCGUCAGGAAAGUUUCUGCUAGCCAACAAAAUUUGGCUUUGCAGGCUGAAUCCUGCAAUGGCUGUGCCCCAACUCCUCUCUUCAUGGCUGGUUUAAACGGUUCAUUCACUGGUACGAUGAUACCCACUUCCUCAUCUUCUUCUCAGUUGGUAAAGGAGUCUCCACUGAUGGAAGAGGUAUUACUUGUUGCAAGGGGUCAGCGUCAAAUCAUGCAUCAAUUGGACAAUCUGAGCAACCUUUUACAUGAGUACCGGCGAGAAAGGUUGCUUGAAGAAAGAACAGAUGUGACAAGCAGAACAACAGAUGUUGAAUCGAUCGCACUUCCUUUAAUUCUAACUUUGGCCAUUGGUGGCCUCGGCAUUUUUUUGCUCAGGACUCUGUCAUCUCAAAAAUGA